AUGAAACUACUCCAUCCCGAUUUCUGGGAAAGUUAUAAAGCUAUUGCAAAUUGGGGCGACGAUGACGUCUGGUGGGAUUUUAUAGUCGGUGAUCGAGUUGGCAGCUCACAAGAGAAACAUGGAAAGGAUGAAGAAUGGGAAGGAAAGAGAAUAGCACAAGUAAGAAUGAAAGAAGGAAGAGAGGGUCAAAGUACCGCGCAUAGAAGAUCCUUGAUGGAUGUCCUCAUCAAACUCCUCCCUUCUUCUGCCGAUGUGAGAUUUGGAAAACGUUUAAUUGGAAUUACUUCUACUUCUCUUCCUUCCAAUUCCGACGUCCGCGAUUCUAAAGUCACACUACAAUUUCAAGACGGCACAACAUCAACCACAGACUUAGUAAUCGGCGCCGAUGGCGUCAAAUCCCUAUGUCGGGAUAUAGUACUCACACCGACCAAUAACGCAGACGCAUUAAAAGCACGUUUUACGGGGAAAGUGGCAUAUAGGGGUUUAAUACCAAUGGAAGAGGCAAAGGCAAGUAUAGGGGAGAAAGCCGGACAGAGGAUAUUUUAUUUGGGACAUGGGGGACAUGUGGUUUCUUUCCCGGUGGAGGGUGGGAAGAGUAUGAAUAUUGUUGCUUUUGCGAAUAGGGAGGAAGGUGUUUGGGAGGGGAACUGGGUGAGAGAGAAUGUGGAGAAGGAAUUGGAGAGGGAUUAUUUGGACGGGAGAUGGGGGAGAGAUGUGGAGGGGGUUAUGAGGCUCAUUAAAUCCCCCUCUUACUGGGCAACAUUUUACCAUCCUACAGCACCCACUUUCCACCACCCAACUCUUCCUAUCCUUCUAAUCGGCGAUGCUGCACACACUACUGCACCGCAUUUUGGGCAGGGUGCUGGUCUUGGUAUCGAAGACGUCUACAUCCUCACCAAACUCCUUUCCCAGCUUCCCUCUACCCCUCUCGCUCCAUCUAACGCCCCCUCAUCCCUAGUAUCCACAUUUCCUACCCAAUCCUCCCCCUCUCAUCACCUAUCGCUAUCCCUCCCCUCCCUCUUCACAGCUUACACACAAAUUCGCCAACCGCGCGCCACAAUCGCCGUAAGUACCUGUAACCACUAUGGUCGCAUACUCGAUAUGGAAGAUUCGAUUAUCUCUGAUAAUCUUCCGCUUCUGGCGGAGAAAGUUCGUAGUAUCGCUGAUACGAUUUGGGGGUAUGAUGAGAUUGCGGAGGGGGAGAGGGGUGUACGGAUUAUGAUGGGGAGUUUUGCUGCGGAGAGAGGGAGGGAUUGA